AUGGCCGUGGUUGCGGUGGUUGCUAUUUUGGUGGUGGAUGAUGGUAUGGUUUUGGUGGUGGUCGCAGCCACUGCAAGGGAUGUCGUCUUCGUCGCGCUGAUGCUGUGGCACAAUAAUAACUAUUCAAUUUGCUUUCUUCGACAUUUUGAAUUGAAUGAAACAGUUCAAAUUGGGUGCCAAAGAGGUAUCAGCAGGUGGAAUCCAUUUGAAGCAUGUAGGCCUAAAAUUGAUGAAGCAGUGGUUGCAGAGGUUGCUAUUUUGGUGGUGGAUGAUGGUAUGAUUUUGGUGGUGGUCGCAAUCACUGCAAGGGAUGUCGUCUUCGUUGCUGAUGCUGUGGUGAUGGAUACAGAGGACAAAGCGGCGGGAGAAUCCAGGUCGGUAAAUGAAGUUCUCUAUGGCCGAGAUAUGGGAUUCCAACACUCUACCAUUGAAAGGAAGAUCUUGAAACUGAUAUUAAAAAGGUAUUUUAUGGCUGAAAUUGAGGGACCUGAGCAAAAAUCUGAUUCAGAGACUGAAAAGGACUGCAGAUGCUGUUGGAUUCUGACCUCCCUGCACUCGAAGCGGAUUUUCUGGAGCUACAGAAGCCCAAUUGGCGCGCUCUCAACGGCGUUGGAAAGUAGACAUCCUGGGCUUUCCAGCAAUAUAUGAUAGUCCAUACU